GUAACUUUACUUGAGAUGAUGAAUCCCAAGGAUAUAUUUCGGAUACUGUUAGCUGUCUCAAUUUGUUCGUUUUCAAACGCUAGUAACCGUGGACCUUCGAGGGACGAAGACUUGACGGACGAACAAAUAAAAGCCCUCUCCCCCGAGGAAGUGGCGAACUUGGCAACAAUAGGGACCCAAAUCUUUAUCAAGAAAAAGCUGGCAAGACACUACGAUUCCAAGCCAACGCUGAUGGACAUGGUUAGGAUAGCCUAUAGGGAACGGAAAAUGCAAGAAAAGAGGGUCUAUAACGAACCGGAGCCGGCGCAGAAGAUUGAGAAAGACAAGGAGAAAAGGUUACCGUGUCAAAGCCCAGAUCUAGAGCGCCCUCUCGUGACGUACACUGGAAUGAAGUUCAAAUUGGACUGCAGUGUUUGUAAUGGAAGACAAAUUCCUCCUGAUACCCCGGUAACCUGGCAAUUCCAGGCCAACGGAUCGGACACCUCAGAACCCAUGAACACUCUACAAGGUAUCAGGCAGGGUUACCAGUUCUUCGACUCCAAGAAACGACUGGUUCUCGCGACUAUUAGGCAAAGGAAUGCUGGAAAAUAUUUGUGCCAUCCAGAGGGUGGCGGAGAUUUGUUUGGUCGAUACGACGUCACAGUUGUCGAGGAACCAUACUUUCAUCUUAUUUUCGAGUCACAUAAAGACCAACCGUAUGCGGAAGAAAGAGCUGAUGAUACCACUCUCUUCACUUUGUGGAGUGCAUGGACAGGAUGUAACCACUGCGGCGAGUGGGGAGAAAAAUUCCGCUUCGGGUACUGCUACGCACGUUAUCGUGUAAAUGACUUCCCAGGGGGCGUACCCUGUCGCUCCAACGUUCUCCCUUACAGUGAAAGGCAACUCUUCUCACAAAGGAAGGACGAGAAAAUCAUUAGGGAAUGUGAAGAAGCCUGUCCAAGAGGUAAAGAAGGUAAUUCCAUGUCAGACAGUAAGGCGAUGGAUACAUACUAUGUUGAUUUCGACCUGGGUCGUCCGACAAUCCCGCCUGAAGUUGAGAAGCAAAUACUUUACGUAGACAAGGGAGGCUCCGUACGGUUACUUUGUCCAGGCGGCGGGCUACAGGACGCGAUCCGGUGGCAAAACGGCACCCAACAUUUGAUGCUGUCGCGCCAGCGGAGCGACCGAGUCCACAUCGAUGCCAUGCAUGGGCUACACAUUCGCAGUGUCGUGUCUGAGGAUGCACAGGUGUUCACAUGCUACCACAACCGAGUGCGCGUGGUCAGCAUUACACUCAAGGUUGUAGAACCAGUGAGUGUUAACAAAAAGGUCAAGAACAAUUUGAUGUUCGUGGGUAUAGCUCUAACUGGGCUGGUCGGUUUAAUCAUCUGGGCGUCUGUCUACAAAAACCGCAGGCGUCAUUCCUUCGACGUCUGAAAAGGGACCUAUACAAUCAGAGAAAAACAUAGACUUGCCAGUAUGGUGCCUCACAAAAGGGCAAGAAUCAGGAUCCAGUAUUCCAUGUGAGCUAGGUCACUCUGUAAGCUAAGCAAUAUACACGCAUUUUAGAACCACCAUCGGAAAUGACAAUUUGCCCCAGGCGUCAAGCGAGCAAUGGUGUACUGACACCUUGAGGCAUUACUGUUGUAUAAUAAACGUCUGAUUCAUUACUGGUGGGAGGUCGAGUUGCGUUCAAGUUUCUGUGUCUCCCCCAUCCUAAAUGUUUCUCUGCAGACAUUUUCUUUUUAAUUUGACAAAGUGUAGUUUAUAAACAUUCAAUCGCAGUAGGCCUACGUCGGUUUAACACACACCGCUUGGAUUGCUGUCUAUUAUACUGCCUCAAACAAAAGCAAGUGAAUAAAGUACUUGGAUUCAUAUUCAUGAAUACCUGGCACAGUUUUUCUACUCCUAUUGGUCGAAACGCGUCAUGUGACCGUGUAUUAACAUUUUGAUAAUGCCCGCCUAGACGUGAUAAUGCACAGUGCGUAAAUCACACGCUGACACAUGGAUAUCAUAUGGGACAGUUUAAUCGAGUCUGAUUGGUCAGGAGUCUGUGUGCGCGCGACGCACCACGUGCACUCCAAGUUCAUAAUGUUAUAAAAAGAUUCUGUUGACAACUUUCAAAAGGAAUAUAGCAUAAAAUGGACCGGGGUGUUCGGAAAAUUUGAGAGUAAAUUUUUAGAAUAAAAUCCAUCACAUGUUGACUUCUUUGACUCUCUUAAUUAAAAGUUAUUUAUGAAUGGGAAUAAAUAUUUGCUUUGCUUUAGACCUUUCUUGGGCCUUUGCCUCAGCAAACAACUAUUUUUCCCUAUCCCAACCGAGAUUUCCCUAUCCAAACGUAAUAGGGUAUCCUUACGUUUAACUGUUAGUGGCAUCAGCUUCAUUCUAAAGCACUUCCCUUCAAUACUGAAGAAAUAAAGAAAGGGUGAUGAAGUUUAA